UAAUAAAAGUGGCCGGUCGAAGCUCCUCUAGUCUCAUUUACACAGAAUUCAGGAGUCUAGUCUCUGCUCUCUUCAACAUGAGGACAGCACAGUACAUUGCCCUCUUCAUGUUCCUGACUCUGCUCUGCCCAAUCCAGGUGCAGACCGCUCCUGUGCCUGAGGAUUGGACGGGCCUGAUCACCCGAGCCAAGCGCUCUCUCCUUUGGCGAUGGAAUACUCUGAAGCCCGUUGGCACAAGCUGCAGAGAGCACGACGAGUGCGGGACCAAAUACUGCAGGAAAAAGAUCUGUUCGUUCCAGGUUUUUAUAUCUUGAACUGAAAUAUAUAACUCUGGACACGGCCAGAACAACAAUCAAUGGAGAAGCAACAAUCAAUGGAGCCUGUCAAUGGAAUGCCUAACUGUACAAACUGAUGACACAGGAUUUGAAUUGGCUCGCCAAAUAUUUGGUAAAAACAGCUAACCAACUCAUUUGAACAGCUCGAUAAUCACUUCCUAACUGAUAAAAAAAAAAUAUAUAUAUAUGUACCAGGUACAGUCUAACAGUAAGUAAGCUGUAAAUGUUGUAAAGUUACAUGAACCCUGUGUCAGUAUGUCCAAUCAGAUAAUAGCAUUCCCAUUGGAGAUACUUCAUCUAUCCAAUCAACAAAAUGUUUUAAAACAAAAUACAGAAAAUGCACUCAAACCAACAUGAAGCAGUUUAUUGACAAGAAAUAAUAAUGUCUGUGGAAGAUACGUUCAAAACUG